AGUGAUUUUUUUUGCUCAUCAUCAUCUGAGGAGUCUCCUAGCACCUGCGCUUGGCUUGGCAGAUGUGAGCGCGCUCCGUUAUGAGCGCACAUUGGCGCUCCGCCAGCCGCCUCCCAGCGCGACUCAGCAAUCAGAGCGGGAUCCGACCCGAUCAGCGCACCAGCCAUCGGGAUGCAGGAAGACACUGAAAGUUAGGCGCUGGAGGCUGUCAGAGUGCGUUGAAGCUCAAUAUGCCCCUGUGUUUUAUGGGAAGAGGCAGUCUGUUGAGUGCUGCUCACCUCCCACUCUGCCCAGAGAAGUGGAUUCUCCUUCCAUCUUUUAAAACAAAAGACUCAAGAUUUGGCUCCAAAGUGACAUUUUUAUAUUUCAAGAGAGGAUGCAUGGUACACCACUGUUUCUACUUCUGUGAUGCUUCUCAAUCAGUGUUUGGCACCAGCUGCAUGGUAUCAAAAAUAACAUCACAAAUAUUUUCAAGAUGGAUUACCUGAUAUCAGCACAGUAGCUUUCAUUUGCAUAUCUUGCUCUCCUCUCUUAGUGUUUCUUGAAGCAUCCUGAUUCAUUGGCGGGAUAAUGGCUCAUUUGCUGGAAGCAACAUCAUUUAAAUUAUGCUUUGACAAGCCUUAAUGUGAUCAUUACUCUAAUAGCUUCCACGGGAAUUCAAUGAUGCCCCUUUUUUCUUUAGAAAGCUAAAGUUUUUACAGAACUGUGUCCAGCAUCAGCACCAUCUAGGUGUUGAUGGGUCCUGUGCUGGACAACAUGGCCCCAGCUUCUCUGAGCCAGAACUGCACCAACUGCAGCCAGAUUUUAAUCCCAGAGCUCAAGAUGGUCAAGACAGUGGUUUUAGGCAUGGUCCUUGGUGUGUUCAUCCUGUUUGGAGUGGUCGGAAACAUCCUGGUUAUCCUAUCUGUGGUUUGCCAUCGACACCUGCGGACGGUCACGCAUUAUUUCAUUGUUAAUCUGGCCGUGGCAGACCUGAUGCUGAGCUCCACUGUCCUGCCUUUUUCUGCCAUUUUUGAGAUUUUGGAUCGCUGGGUGUUUGGACGAGCUUUCUGUAACGUUUGGGCAGCUGUGGAUGUGCUCUGCUGCACGGCCUCCAUCAUGAGCCUCUGUGUGAUUUCUGUGGAUCGUUAUAUUGGAGUCAGUUAUCCUCUGCGUUACCCUUCUAUUAUGACAAAGCGCAGGGCUCUGUUGGCAGUGAUGCUCUUGUGGGUGUUCUCUAUCAUCAUAUCCAUCGGGCCGUUGUUCGGUUGGAAAGAACCGGCACCAGAGGACGACUCCGUCUGCAAGAUCACAGAGGAGCCAGGAUACGCCAUUUUCUCAGCCGUUGGCUCCUUCUACCUCCCUCUGACCAUCAUACUGGUGAUGUACUGCCGGGUUUAUGUUGUAGCUCACAGAGAGAGCCAGGGCCUCAAAGAGGGCCAGAAGACGGAGAAGUCGGACUCGGAGCAGGUGAUUCUCAGGAUCCACCGUGGAAACACCACCGCACUAGAGGAGGAGUCGCUGCGCAGCCGCACUCAUUUUGCCUUGAGGUUACUAAAGUUUUCACGUGAGAAGAAAGCCGCUAAGACGCUGGGCAUUGUGGUCGGCUGCUUUGUGUUGUGUUGGCUGCCGUUCUUCCUGGUAUUACCAAUUGGUUCCAUAUUCCCUGCACACAGACCAUCUGAAACAGUUUUCAAGAUCACCUUCUGGCUUGGCUACUUCAACAGCUGCAUCAACCCUAUCAUCUACCCAUGCUCCAAUCAGGAGUUCAAAAAGGCUUUUCAGAGUUUACUUGGAAUUCACUGUUUGAGGAUGACUCCCAGACCGCACCACCACCAUCUGAGUACAAGCCAAAGUCAAACCCAAGGUCACAACCAGGGUCUUGCUCUGAGCCUCGACAGCAGGGGGGGUCCCUGCAGACUAAGCCCCUCUUCAUCCGUAGCUCUGUCUAGAACUCCUUCCUCCAGGGACAGCAGGGAAUGGAAAGUCUUCUCUGUGGGCCCCAUCGGCAGCGGGGAAGGCCCGGCCGAUAGCAGCAGGGCCAAGGUGGCCAAGCUGUGCAACAAAAGCCUCCAGCGAACCUGUUGCUGCGUUCUCAGUCCUGAGCCUCCUACACAGGAACCUCGUGUUGUUGGAGACCUUCCAAUUAUUAAAAUCCACCAGCUAUCCCUGUCAGAAAAAGGAGAUCCUGUAUAACCUGAGGUAUCAUUCAUGCUACAUUUUAUUUGACGCUGCUGCUGCUUUGAAACUGAGAUUUACCUCAACUUUGAUAUCGUAAUUUUACUUUUUGCUUUACCAGAUAUAAAUCAGUCAAGAGGGCAAAAAGAAGACGUUUUCUGUCAAUUCUGUUGAAUCGAAGGGAACCAAAAUUGCUAAGGUGAUUUAGAUGAGCUAUUUCAAGCAUUCCCAAAUGUUUACAUGUACAGCAGGAAUGAAAAAUGUACACACCCCUGUUAAAAUGUCAGGUUUUCAGAUGUAAAAGUCAGAAUAAAAUGAAUAAUUUCAGGAGAUUUUCACAUUUAAUGAUACACAUAACAUGUACCAGUAAUCUUAAAGGAACAAACUGUCAUCUUUGAGAGGGGAAAAAUAGAAAAUAAAAAUUUGUGCACAACCUCUUAUUUCUUUCUAUCCAUCAUCAGACUUUACCCCUACAGUCAACUCGUUUUAUAUCGGAUUCAAUACAAUAGAACCAUCUUUCUAAUUAGCUUUUUCACAAUGUUUUUCAUUGUUGUUUGUGGGUCAUGAGGGGUACUGGUGUCUAGCUGUCUACGGACAAGAGGCGGGGUAAACCCUGGACAGGUUGCUAGUCUGUCGCAGGACAACACAUAGAAAAACAACCAUUCACACACACAAUCACACCUAAGGAGAAUUUUAGAGAAGGCGUGUCAUGUUUUUGGACUGUGGAAGAAAGCUGGAGUACCUGGAGAGAACCCGAGUAUGCACAGGGAGAACAUGCAAACUCCUUGCAGAAAGACCGGGACUAGAACCCGGAACCUUCUUGCAGCAAGGCAGCAGUGCUACCCACUGCUCCACUGCUCAGCCCUCAACUAAGGACAUUAAACUAAAUCAAUAACAUUACUAAGGACUGGAUAUCCUUCCAAAAAUCAAUAAAUAAUGAGAGGAAAACCAGUCCUUUGUUUUGUGUUACCAAUACUGUCUGUGUGGUACAACUGACAGCAAUCUUCUGUAUUUUAUUAAUCAUA